CGCGGCCCGGGGCGGGCGGCGGGGGCCCGGGUCCUCCCCCCGCCAUGGCGUCGCCGCCGCGCUGAGCCGCCUCCCGCGCCAUGGCCGGGGCCAUCGCGUCCCGCAUGAGCUUCAGCUCGCUCAAGAGGAAGCAGCCCAAGACCUUCACGGUGCGCAUCGCCACCAUGGACGCCGAGAUGGAGUUCAGCUGCGAGGUGAAGUGGAAAGGGAAGGACCUGUUUGAUCUAGUAUGCAGGACACUGGGACUCCGAGAAACCUGGUUCUUUGGGCUUCAAUACACCAUCAAGGAUACAGUGGCUUGGCUCAAAAUGGACAAGAAGGUUCUGGAUCAUGAUGUUCCAACAGAAGAGCCUGUCACCUUUCACUUCUUGGCCAAAUUUUAUCCUGAGAACGCAGAGGAGGAGCUAGUCCAGGAAAUCACACAGCACUUGUUCUUCCUGCAGGUGAAGAAGCAGAUUUUGGAUGAGAAGAUCUACUGUCCUCCUGAAGCUUCUGUUCUGCUGGCUUCUUAUGCUGUCCAGGCCAAGUACGGUGACUAUGAUCCCAAUGUCCACAAGCGAGGCUUCUUGGCACAAGAGGAGUUGCUUCCAAAGCGGGUAAUAAACCUGUAUCAGAUGACUCCAGAGAUGUGGGAGGAAAGGAUAACAGCCUGGUACGCAGAGCACCGCGGCAGAGCAAGAGAUGAAGCUGAAAUGGAGUAUUUGAAGAUAGCUCAGGACUUGGAGAUGUAUGGAGUGAACUAUUUUGCCAUUAAGAAUAAAAAGGGCACAGAACUGCUCCUUGGUGUCGAUGCCUUGGGUCUUCACAUUUAUGACCCAGACAACAGGCUGACUCCUAAAAUCUCCUUCCCGUGGAACGAGAUCCGGAAUAUCUCGUACAGCGACAAAGAGUUUACAAUUAAGCCAUUGGACAAAAAGAUUGAUGUUUUUAAAUUCAAUUCAUCAAAGCUACGUGUGAACAAGCUGAUACUUCAGCUGUGUAUUGGAAACCACGACCUCUUCAUGAGGAGGAGAAAGGCAGACUCGUUGGAGGUCCAGCAGAUGAAAGCACAGGCCAGGGAGGAGAAGGCCAGGAAGCAGAUGGAGCGGCAACGCCUGGCCCGAGAGAAGCAAAUGAGAGAGGAAGCUGAGAGGACAAGGGAUGAGCUGGAGAGAAGACUGAUGCAGUUAAAGGAAGAGGCAACGAUGGCUAAUGAGGCUCUGAUGAGGUCUGAAGAGACAGCAGACUUGCUGGCUGAGAAGGCUCAGAUCACAGAGGAGGAGGCCAAGCUCCUGGCUCAGAAAGCAGCUGAGGCUGAACAGGAGAUGCAGCGCAUCAAAGCCACGGCCAUCCGGACAGAGGAGGAGAAGCGGCUGAUGGAACAGAAGGUGCUAGAGGCAGAGAUGUUGGCACUGAAAAUGGCCGAGGAGUCAGAGAGGAGGGCGAAGGAGGCUGAUCAGCUAAAGCAAGACCUUCAGGAGGCUCGUGAGUCUGAGCGGAGAGCGAAGCAGAAGCUUUUGGAGAUCACCAGCAAGUCCUCCUACACACAGUCCAUGAACUCAAGUACAACACCACUGCCUACAGACCUGCCAAGCUUCAACCUCAUCAACGAGAGCCUCUCCUUUGACUUCAAGGAUACAGACAUGAAGAGGCUUUCAAUGGAAAUCGAGAAAGAGAAGGUGGAGUACAUGGAGAAAAGCAAGCACCUGCAGGAGCAGCUGAAUGAGCUGAAGACAGAAAUCGAGGCACUGAAGCUAAAAGAGAGAGAGACAGCUCUGGAUAUAUUGCACAGUGAGAACACCAGCCGAGGCAACAGCAAGCACAACACUAUUAAAAAGCCUCAAGCCCAGGGCAGAAGACCUAUCUGCAUUUGAGACUUCCAAGUAGGUUAUUCCAAGCUCACCCUCCAGAGCACCAAGUCCCGUGUGGCCUUCUUCGAGGAGCUGUAGGAAGCCUCCAGCACCGCUGCUGCCCGUGCCAGGCCCCGCCGUGCCCCAGCCAGGGGCCGCUCAGCCGGCUGCCGACAGCCCUGGCACAGCGCCGCCCGCCCACGGACGGGGUGAUGUUCUCUAGCCUAGUGCCCACUCCUCUUCCUCUCCCUCCCUGACCCCUCUUCAUCUUCUUUUCCUAGUGUAGCUGGAUUCUGGGGCUCAGCCCUCCAGGUUUUCUCCCAGCCCUGUGGGGAUCGGGGUGGCAGCCGUGCCCCACAGCCCGUGGCUGAGCAUCCCGUGCCAGCGUGUGCUGAAGGGGCUGCCCUGGCAGAGCUGCCAGCCCCAGGGCUGCCUCCUCUCCCCCACAGCUGCAUUAGGCACUCAGAGCAUGUGCCAGUGGAGUGCUGUAAAUCAGGGCCCGUUGCUGGCUGCAGGUGCCUGGGCCUGGAGGGAGCUGAGCUGCUGCUUGCCCAGGGAGAGGAGGCAGGGCCAGGGGGUGGGGAGGAAGGUCUCCUCCUCCUCUUCUCUACCAGGAGCAGGACAGCUAGUGCCAACCAAGUGAAACCUGGUUGCUUUUACCUGCAAACUGUGACAGAUCUGGGCAGCAAGUGGCUUGGGGAGCUGGGAGGGGGGGCUCAGGCUGACACCUCCUCCUAGAGCACAGGACCCUCCCUGAGCCCCCCCUGGGCAUGCUGCUGCCCCUAGCCUGAGCUGGGGCUGCCUGCUCCUGCCUGUCCCUACCUGGGGGCCUUUGCUCCAGCUCUGCCCCCUGCCUGUGGGGGGCCAUGGGGAUGCCCUGACCUUUCCUUCAUGUCUCUGUCCUAAACCCUGCCCUUGGCUGGGGGGAAUCACUCCCUUUCCCUUCCAGCUGCAUGGACCCUCUCACAGAGCUGGUGCUGCCCCACUCACCCCCUGCAUCCCUCCAGGACCCUCAGUCCCAGCCCCUCACAACCUCUCCUGCCCAGAGGGUCCCUCACUGGGUGGGAGAUCAUGGCUGGACCCCUUCUUAUUUAAAACCAGGCUUCCUUGGGUCGAGCCCCUGUGUGUGUGGCUGUGACCCAGUGGCUGUGACCCCGUGGCUGUGGCCCAGCACAGCCCCUCCCCCCCUGCCCCUGGACUCUUGUACUCAGAAGAAAUCCAUUUUAUCCUUUGUUUUAAUAAAAAUUGCCAGCACUAGGAGGGGGAGCUGGGGCUUGUUUGGUCUUUGUACUGGGGGAAAAAGCCUCGUGAAGCCCUUUCAGCUGCAGUUCAGGGCAGAGCUGGGGUUGGGAGGCUCAGCUGCAGCCCCAGGAGUGAAUGGUUUCCCUCUCCUCACCCUCUUCUCCCUCCCUGGGGUUUGGGGUGCCCUGGGGAGGGCUGAGCCCCGUGUUUAUCAUCCCUGGGGCUCUCCCUGACGCUGCCAGGUCUCCCUGCCUGGAAUCAAUAAACGAUGCUCUGCAUUGGC